AUGGUUGAAAUCAUAACAGAAGGUACCGUAACUAUUAAAAAAUUACUUUGGCACUCAACUGAAGACUUUAGAGAAAAGACAUUAACAUUACUUCAAAAAGGUACAAUUGAUGUAAAGAUCUUGAAAGACAUUGAUUACAACACACUAUCUCCUCAUGCAAAUAAUGUAAUAUGGACUCUACUAUACUACGGUGAUUAUUUUACCAUAAACGAAAAUGAAAAUCUACGCAUUCCAAAUACAAAGUUAACGUCAAAUAGAAAAGCUGGCAAUAGACAUUUUGAUAUCAGAAUUAUACCAAUCACAGAAGAUGUAAUUUAUCUGAUAUCGGCAAUUUUGGAAAUUAAAGUAUGCAAAAAGAACAAAAAUAGUGAUGAAUAUGAAUAUGUUGAUGAGUUAUCCAGUGAUGAAGAAAUCAAAUAUGGAAAUGAAAAUGAAAUAAAACAUUUAUUAAAAGAUGCACUUUCAAAUGAACUUUUUUUAGAAGAUAAGCUGGUAAAAGUUGAUCUUCAAUGUAAUGAUUCUUCAGCUUGGCAUCCUGUAUUAAAUGGCCUUACCGAAAAUUUAGAAGCAUGUUUUCAAUUGAAGGCGCAGCAUGUACGUUUUACAAUAUCUCAUAGUAUAUUAAUUCCCGAUGAGUUAUCUAAUGAAGGAUCUUUAGCAUUUAAUUUCAUGAUGACACAACAACGCCUAAAAAAACUUCCACUACUUUACAACUCCCAAUUUCGUAAUGAUUUGCUCUAUAAUGAUUUUUUAAAAAUUUUGCAAGAAAGGAAACUGGGAUGGCUGAAUGAUAAUCAUUUAACUAUUGGGCAUUCUUUUAUCUGCAGAGUUACCGAUUUAGUAUGGUAUUUUGAUCCUCAUCUUGGCAAAUUUGAAAAACGUGGCUUGAAACUACCAAAAAUUAUAGCCAAACUUCCUGUAUAUGCUUCUGAAAGUCAUUAUAAUCUCUAUCAUGAUACUACGAAGCAUAAAAAAAUUGAAAUAUCACGAGAAAAACUUGAGUCAUUUGUUAAAGCUUUAAUUUUAUCUAUUCAACAACCUUGGACACGCCUAUUACAUUGGGAAGAAGUAAUUAAAGAUAUUGAUGAUCUGAUAAAAAUAGCUCAAGAAUAUGCCAACUAUCUUCAAGGGGUUAAUAAUAGAAUGCGUACUAUACAUACGAGUCUAGUUCCUGUAAGAAAUGGGCGAGAUGGAUAUUACAGUUGAGGAUAUUGAAGCUGUUGACUUAUAUCCAUCUCAAUAUGAGUUUUUAGCACAGCUUCUUCGUGAAUCCAAUGAUUAUGAUCUUCUAAAUAUAGAUCAUUUGCUUCCUCCCAAGCCA